AUGUCUUCUCUUUUGAAUUACCGGUUUGGCAGUGGGGUCGACGUGCAGCUUGUGGCAAGCUAUCUUGGGGUCGAUGUUGGGCAUAUUGGAAGCUUGAUCAAGGCUUGUGCCAACCAAGCUGCACUUGUUCAAGGCAUCCAGCUUCACGCUCAGGCGGUUAAAGUUAAUUUGGAUAGAGACCCUUUUGUUUUCUCUGUUUUUGUUGAUAUGUAUGGAAAGUGCGGGCUGCUUGAUGAUUCAACCCAAGUGUUUCACGAGAUAGAAAACCCGAAUGAAGUUGCAUGGAAUUCAUUGUUAGUUGUGCUUGCUCUUCAUGGCUUAAAUUACUUUCAUUCUAUGGAGAAAACAUAUGGAAUAGUUCCUAGAGAUGAACAUUACUCUUGCGUUAUUGAUUUGCUUGGCCGGGCUGGAAGGCUUACAGAGGCAGAAGAAUUCAUAAACAGCAUGCCAAUCCCACCAAAUGCUUUCGGGUGGUGUUCUUUUCUCGGGGCUUGCAGGAUUCAUGGUGAUAAGAAGAGGGGCAAACUGGCAGCAGAAAAACUGAUGCAGCUUGAACCUGAGAACAUCGGAGGACAUGUUCUGCUUUCGAAUAUAUAUGCCAAGGAGCAGCAAUGGGAAGAUGUGAAGAGUGAGAGGAAGAUGAUGAGAGAUGGCACCAUGAAGAAAGUGCCGGGGUAUAGUUGGGUUGAUGCCGGAAACAAAGCACAUACUUUUGGAGCCAAAGAUUUGUGUCAUCCUCUUAAGAAAGAAAUUUACGAUAAGCUUGAUACUCUCCUUGAUCAGAUAAAGAAAGCUGGAUAUGUUCCACAAACAGAUUCCAUUCCACAUGAUAUGGAUGAUAAUGAGAAGGAAAAGGUUCAUCAUCACAGCGAGAGGAUAUCGAUUGCAUUUGCGCUAAUAAGUAUGCCUGCUGGGAAGCUGAUCAUCGUGAAGAAAAACAUAAGGGUGUGCCUGGACUGCCAUUCUGCAAUCAGGUACUUCUCCAAGGUGGCAGGGAGAAAGAUCAUCGUUAGGUAUAAUAAUCGGUUUCACCAUUUCAAAGACGGGCUGUGUUUGUGUGGAGAUUACUGGUAG